UCGCUGAGAGUGUGUCCUCACAGGAGCAGCUCUGAGCAGGGGACAGCAGAGGACACCGAACAGGAGACAGAGGCGACACCAGGGACUCCUCAGAGAAGAGACUGACAGAUCACCGAAACUGACGCGUGGAUUACAACAGCUGCAAAGUUUACGGCUGUUUUUGCAACAUCUGGCCCUUUCCCGGGCUUCAGCUGAGGCGAGCAGGACAUUUAAUCCAGCACCAUAAAUCAAAAAGGCUGCUAUGGUGAACAAUAGAGUGGACUCACCUGCUGUUGCUGUAAUGGGCAGUGGCGUGGGAACAGCAGGCAGGACGUGUGCAGGAUGUGGAAAUCGAAUCGCCGACCGCUUCCUGCUUUUCUCCAUGGAGCGAUACUGGCACACGCGCUGCCUCAAGUGCUCGUGCUGCCACGCUCAGCUGGGAGAGUACAGCAGCACCUGUUACAGCAAAGGAGGAAUGAUCCUCUGUAAGAACGACUACAUCAGGCUGUUCGGACACAGUGGUGCCUGUGGUGCUUGUGGACAGUCUAUACCUGCCAGUGAGAUGGUGAUGCGAGUUCAAGGCAACGUUUACCACCUUAAAUGUUUUACCUGUGCGACCUGUAGGAACCGCCUGGUCCCAGGUGAUCGUUUUCACUACGUCAAUGGGACUAUCUUCUGUGAGCAUGACCGACCAGGAGGAGGUCUGCACAGUGGACACCCAACUUCCCUGCAGAGCAACAGCAUGAUGUCUGAUCAGAAGGUGUGCUGAGAGAGAGGAUGGAAAAACCAAAUGUGUGCCUUCUCCUCCACCUUCCUCCUCCGUCACUCUCCUUCACACUGUGAAUCCUGCCAUUGACAGACCUUCCUCCAUCCUGAUGGACAUUUACUUCACAGUCUGGAUAUAUACUGGUUUAGGCUUCAACUUUCCAACAGCAACUUGUCUGUGUAGGUGGACUGUGAAUCUGGACACGUACUGUGUGCUCUUAGCAGUUGGAAAUGAUUUAUUCUUUAGGCGGUUGUUUAUUGUGAACUGUGAGUGUCAAGAACUAUCAAUGCAAAUGGGGGAGACAUUGAAGCCUUAUAACUCAAUGUGACUCCUGUAGGAGGUGAAUAUUUUUUAAUCCAUAAUAACAGACCACACUUGUACUUUGA